AUGAGUACCGUCCCACCCCUAGACUCCCACAUCCUUCCCUUCUGGGCCGUCUACCAAAACACGUGGCAGCCCUCGACCCCACCUCCUGCAGUGGCUACCGACGACCCCCGCCGCCGAAACUACUACUACCUUCCUCAAGCAGCAAUCCAUAUCCACGACCUCGCGACGGGUACACAGACGACAUCUUCAGAUCGGCGGGCCAAUUUCGUGCCCAUCUAUGGCCCCAACAAUCAGGUCAUCGGGACGGGCUUGCAGUUUGUCGGAGAGGAUGGGGUGGUGCAUGCUUUCUGGAUUACAAGGGUAACGGCCUCGGCUAGUGGGGUGGAAACGAAGGAAGUUGCGAGGUGUGAGGUGGUGCAGGAUGCGUUGAGGGAGGGGGAGGGGGAGGACAGCAGGGAGAUGGUGGAGAUGAUGGGCAGCAAGAGAAUGGGGGAGGCGAAACGGGUGGCUUUUUUUUUUGGAGAGUCCACCGUAGUGACACCGCCUGGCAUCCCGAACAAUGGCUUCGGUGUCGGCACGUCCACAACGACUGGUCAGAACAAUACACCACAAGGACCAGACAGGGGUCACCAGCCUGGCCAUGCAGUUGGCACAACACCCCAUUCCGGCGGCUACAUUACGACUGCAUCUCCAUGGACAACGCCUGUGGGCCAACAGGCAGCAAGCAGCGGACAGCCUGGGCCAGGGCAUACCGGCACGCCUUCAGAACAACCCUGUUCAACAACCACCUCAAGUCCAGGGUCCACAUCCUUACCCAACAUGUAA